AUGGACGCUCGAGUUGCUCAAGAAGCAGCCGUCAUCGCCACGCGCAACCAGCGAGAGUUGGCCUUUCUGCGUCUCCCGGUCGAGAUCCGCAACCAAAUCUAUGCCUACGCCCUUCGCCACACCAAAAUCCCCAAGUUCUCGGGGCCUUACGAGAUAGAUGUUAUUCGCUGCCUACCUCUCCCCGCGGAUCUGUGGCUCCUCGCCGUCAGCCGUCAGAUCCAUGCUGAGACACGCCUCCUACCCUUCAAGCUCAAUGCUUUCCAGAUGUUGCCCAAGGAUAUCGGCAUAUUCGUCAACAAACUCAGCAACGCGCAAAGAGAUGCAAUAACCACGUUCAGGGCCUCGAGCGCGUUGUGA